GGCCCGGCCGCGGUUCCCAGCGCGAUCCGGUGCCCGUUCCCACCAUGGCCGCCCGGUCGUUCCCGGCGCCGCUCUGCGUCACUUCCGCCGCGCUGCCGGAAGUUCCUGUGGGAGCGCGUCUGGGGGGAGCCGCGAGGAGCGCGCGCGCCGGGCCGCGGGAGAGGUGCCAGUGUCGACCCCUCUCGGUGUAUGUGUGGUAACAACAUGUCUGUCCCCCUCCUCGCCGACGCUGUCACCGUGUCAGGGGCAGAGCGGGAGACUGCCGCGGUCAUUUUCCUCCAUGGCCUUGGAGACACGGGGCACAGCUGGGCCGAUGCUCUCUCCUCCAUCCGCCUCCCCUACGUGAAGUACAUCUGCCCUCACGCGCCCCGGAUCCCGGUGACCCUCAACAUGAAGAUGGUCAUGCCCUCCUGGUUUGACCUGAUGGGAUUGACUCCAGAUGCACCUGAGGAUGAAGCUGGGAUCAAGAAAGCUGCAGAAAACAUUAAAGCAAUCAUUGAGCACGAGAUGAAGAACGGGAUCCCCCCCAACCGCAUCAUCCUGGGGGGCUUCUCACAGGGCGGUGCCUUGUCGCUGUACACGGCUCUCACCUGCCAGCACCAGCUGGCCGGGAUCGUGGCGCUCAGCUGCUGGCUCCCGCUGCACAAGGCCUUCCCACAGGCGGCGAACAACGGUGUGAACAAGGACAUUGCCAUCCUGCAGUGCCACGGGGAGAUGGAUCCCAUGAUCCCCGUGCGCUUCGGGGCCCUCACUGCCGAGAAGCUCAAGUCUGUGGUCACCCCCACCAAGGUGCAGUUCAAAACCUACCCUGGAGUGAUGCACGGUUCCUGUCCUCAGGAGAUGAUGGCGGUGAAGGAGUUCAUCGAGAAGCUGCUGCCCCGGAUCUGAGCCGAGCCCCUCGGGACUGUCGCAGGGGAGGGUGCCGAGGUCACCGCCUGUCCCUGUGACCCGCCAGCUGCGAACGGAAGCCAUGGCCCCCCCAGCGCACCUCCCGCCACCCCCACCCGUGCCCGCGUCCUCGCACCGCGCCCCCUCCGGCUCUCCCGCCGCUCCCGCAUCGGAGCUGCCUAAGGCGAGUCUGGGAGUGGCCUUUUCUCUCCUGCGCUGGCUCCGAGCGGUUCCCGGGGGAAGGUCACCGUCCCCUCGGGUCCCCGCGGGGCUGGCACGGCGCGGGUGAGGUUUUCCUCUCGGGUUUGGGGUUUUUGUACCAGUAUUAGGGGCGGGACGUGCCCGGCUGCGGCGGGGCUGGGGCACCCCUGGGGCUCGGAGCUUUGCCCUCGGUGGCGGCUCUCGGCCUCUGCUCAGGCGACUCGCGGGUUUUCAGUCAGAGCUCAGGAACCCGGGACUCCCCUGCGGACGCCCCCAGGCCCCGGGGCAGGCUCUGCCCUGGGCUGGCACCGCCAAAGGCUGCCCGGGGCCGGCAGGGAGGGUCAGUGCAGCUCCCGCACCUCCCGCACGGCCCCGCCUGUCACACACGCACACUCCCCUCAGCCAUCGGCCUGGGGCAGCUCUGCCCUCCUGAGAUAAUCACCUCCUUCCUCCUGCUCCUCCUCCUCCUCCUCUUGUUGCUUUUACAAUCUCCAUCCCAGAGGCAUCUCCCCCCUCCCAGCUCAGCUCUGCACCCUCGGAGCCCCAAAGCUUCGUUUACACUCACGGAGCCACCGGCCCCGUCUUCAAUGUCUUCUCUUGCUGCUACUUGUCCUUCCCUUUGGCCUUGGGCUGCCUGGGGAGGGGGAGGUCCCUGCACCCCGGGUUUGGCUCCUGGUGCAGCUGGAAGGAGCAGCUUUGCUCCCAGCCAUCAUCUGAGCCCCGGGGGCUGCUGUGCCCCAUCCUCUGUGCCCCCAGGACUGGGGGCUCCUGCCUCCCCAUGUACAAUCACUUGUGGCUUGUCCCCUCCCGACUGCUGGCAUCGUGCUGGGGCCCCGAAUGUCUCCUCUGGGGGGGCUCCUGGCUGACCCUCCCCUCCCACAGGGCCUGGGGCAGUGGCUGUGGAGCAGCUCUGCCCUCACCCCCUCUCUCCCCGGGCUGAGCCCCCAACCAGGGCUGAUCAUGGCUUUUAAAACACCCCCACAUUCCCCUGGCCCCAGGGCUGGCCCUGCUCCCCCUGCCCUGCCCCAGGGAGCCUCUGCCCUGUGCCAGGGAGGGGAGGGCUGCCCUGGGGGGCUCUGGGGGGGCUCAGCCCCGGCAGUUCUGCUCCAGCCUUGCCCUUCCUGCCCGGGCUGUGCAAAGCAAUAACCUCCCUCUGGAGAGUGCAUCGUGGGGCCCACCCUGCCUGGGGUCUUGGCUUGGGCUUUUUGUUCUUGCUCCUUUUAGGAAGUCUGAAAGCAGCAGAGCUGCUGCUGGCACUGGGGCAGCCCAGCCCUGCCCUGGGCUCAGCCCUGCCCUGGGCUCUGCCCUGCUGGCUCGUCUAUACUGUGUUUUAAUGCUGCUGUGCCCCCGGCCCCCUCGCCUGGCUGGGGGGCAUGAGAGGGUGGCAGGGGUGGGAUGGCAGCUCCCUGGGGACACCAGGGGCUGGCAGGGGUGGGAUGGCAGCUCCCUGGGGGCACCAAGGGCUGGUGAUGGACAGACUGACCUGUGUGACUGUGAACUGGAACCGUGUGUGGUGGGGGGCCUGGGACCAUCCCUCUGCAGAGCAUUCCUGCUCACUCCCUGCCCGAGCAGUGCCGGGACCCCGGGAGGGAGAACGGCUUCUCUCCAUUCCUCAGUACAGCUUUGGGUUUUUUCUUUCUGGGUUUUUUUUUUUCUUUUUUUGGUUUUUUUUUUAUUUUUUUGUUGUUGUUUUUCUUCUCGUCUUCCUUGUACAUGUUUGGGUUUUUUUGUGUGUGUGUGCGUGCGUUCCACAGAGAAUCAAGGUGAAAUAAAUCCUCAAUUUAUCCCGGA